AUGUCCGCAGCAUCUCUCACUCGAUCUCUUGCGAGACUGAACCUAGCACAUGGCUCGCAGGUUGCUCGAAUCACCUCGCGACAGCCCGUCCGCCUUGUCGCUCCUAUCGCAUCUUCAUUCUUCCGCAUCACAGCUUGCGCAUACACUACGCCCACCUCUUCUGCAGCCAUUCGACUUGGCAACCUUCAACCUGGUCAGCCUACCAAGAAUCGCAAGCGACUUGGUCGAGGUCCAUCUUCCGGCCGUGGUGGAACUAGUACCCGAGGUCACAAGGGCCAAAAAGCUCGUGCUGGCAAUGGCAAGCCCGUUCCCGGAUUCGAAGGUGGUCAAUCUCCUUUGACUCGUCGAUUCCCCAAACGAGGCUUCAACAACGUCCACGGUCAGACCUUUGUCGCUGUAAACCUGGACAAGAUCCAACAUUGGAUUGAUCGCGGCUUGCUCGACCCUUCCCGACCGAUCACUGCCAAGGAACUGUACGAGACCCGCUGCAUUCAUUCGCUCAAAGAUGGUGUAAAGAUUCUCGGCGAAGGCGCAAAUCAUCUCGAAGCUCCCGUCAACCUGAUUGUUUCAAGGGCAAGUCAGUCUGCAAUUCAGGCCAUCGAAGCCGCUGGAGGCAGUGUCGAGUGUAGAUACUACACACCGCUCAGCUUGAGAGCGUUGGUCAAGCCGCAUAAGUUUGCAGGAAAGAUCUUGCCACGGCCGGCCGAUCCUAUUAACAAAAAGGAUUUGGUGUGGUAUUCUUCCCCAAGGAACAGGGGUUACUUGGCAAAGAGAGCAGCGCUGACAAGGGCGCUGACUGCUGAAGACACGGUCGCCAAGGAGGAAGCUGUGUCAGAAACCGUUGCUUGA